UUUAGAUCAAACUAGGUUAUCGUCCUUAGUUUUUAACCAGGAAGCAUCCCCAUAAAACACCUUUUUUUCUCUGUAGUGACAUCCCCUUUUGCUCCCUUGAUUUCAUCCUCUAUUUGCUCUCCGGCUUUUUUGUUUUGUUGUUCAGAAUCUACAGCAGAGUGGGUUUUUUUUCCAUGGCUUCUCCACAGAAUACUUCAGAAAAAGGUUUUUUCCAAGCCAACUCUCCAGGAGGCAUGCCAACCGUGAGUCAAUCACAGAGAAGUCUCAUCAUGGCUCAAAUUACACUGAGGUUCUUAGCCAUUACUUCCACUAUGACUGCUAUUCCCGUAAUGAUCACUGCAAAGGAGCCAGUCUCCCUUCUCGGGCUGGCCAUUACACCAAGUUACAAACAAAGUUCUGCCAUGAAGUUUUUACUUGGUGUCAAUGCAACUGUGUUUGCCUUCACUGUGCUGUCAAUGCUCUUUGUUUGGCCUCUCAGGCGCUCAGGAUCAAAGCCUAUCAAUUAUUUUUUUCUUCAUUUGCAUGACAUGGUGAUGACGCUGCUGCUGAUAUCUGGUUGUGCAGCAGCAACAGCUGUGGGUUAUUUGAGUCAAUAUGGGCAACCAGAGACUUAUUGGUCUCCUAUUUGCGAUAUUGUGAAGAAGUUCUGCCACCAAAUCUUGAUAUCUACUGUGCUGUCUUACCUUGCUUUCUUUUGCUACUUGGCACUUAAUAUUCUAUCUGUGCACAAACUCAUGUCUCAAGCAACUGAGUGAUUGGUGAUCAGAGAAGAGGAGAGGCUGACCAAGAAGAUUAAACAAUAAGGUAUUAAAA